AUGAUUCAUCUGGUCACUACAGAUUUGGUAUCAUUUGAGGAUGUAGCUGUGUUUUUCUCCGUGGAGGAAUGGGCCCUGCUGGAUUCUGAGCAAAAAGCCUUAUACCAAGAGGUCAUGCUGGAAAACAAGAGGAACGUGGCCUCCUUAGGUGACGGAUGGGAGAUGGAGGAUUCUGGCCAAGAGGCAGCAGCACCUUUGCCAAAAGACAAAAAGGAAGUUGUAGGAAAGAUGUAUGGAAAGCCAAGUUGUGAGCUAAGCCAGUUAACGGGGGAGCUGGAGAAUUGCUCUGGUCUACCUUGUCCAGAUAUCAAUGCCUUAUUGGACCCAGAUGAUUGCCAUGAAAAACAGGUGUGUUCAAGGUGUGGAAAAAGACUCUGUAAUGAAUCUGGAUUAUGUGACUGUGGCGAAAGCCCUGCUGGAGAGAAACAAGAUGGAAGCAGGCAACACCCCAGAAGGAGCCUUCCUCCUCCUUUACAUGAAAGAAUAAAAGAAGUCGGGAAACCAUACAAAUGUACAAAGUGUGCAGAAACCUUCGGUACAAGCCGCUCUCUUGCUUCACAUGAAAAGAUUCACAAAGCAGAGGAUCCACACAAAUGUCUGGAUUGUGGAAGGACCUUCAGGCAGAAAAACCAUCUUAAUUCACACAAGAGGGUCCACAAAGAGAAGAAGCAGCAUCAAAGCUUCCCCUGUGGAAAGACCGUCAGAAGCAGCGCCUCCCUUACUUCCCAUCAAAGCCUCCACAGAGAGGAGAGGUUGCAUCAAUGCAUGGAGGGUGGAACGGGGUUUACUCGGAGCAAGGAACUGAAUUCCCAGGAAAAAAGCCCCACUGGGAAUAAAUCGUAUAAAUGCCUAGAAUGUGGAAAGAGCUUCUGCUCUGCAAGUGACCUCACUUGCCAUAAUAGGACCCAUACAGGGGAAAAGCCAUAUCAUUGUAAGGUGUGUGGAAAGAGCUUCACCCGAAAAAGUUCUUUCAACUUACAUAAGAGGAUCCACACCGGAGAGAAGCCCUUUCAAUGCCUGCAGUGUGGAAAGCGCUUUGCCCGUUCUGAUAGACUUCAUGUCCAUGAACAAACCCACACAGGGGAGAAACCGUACAAAUGCCUGGAAUGUAAGAAGUGCUUCAGUAAUCCAUAUAGUCUUACUGUGCAUAAAAGGACCCACACAGGUGAAAAGCCUUAUAAGUGCAACGAAUGUGACAAAUGCUUCAUCAGUUCGAGUUCCCUCACUUGUCACAAAAGGUUCCACACUGGAGAGAAACCAUACGAAUGCCGCACGUGUGGAAAGAGCUUCAGUGAAAAGAAAAAGUAUAUCAUACAUAGCAGGACUCACACUGGGGAAAAACCUUAUCAAUGCCAGGAGUGUGGAAAACGCUUCAGUCAUUCUGGAGCACUGACGAUCCAUAAAAGGAUUCACACAGGGGAGAAACCCUAUAAGUGCACGGAGUGUGGCAUGAGUUUCUCGAAAAGUAGUUACCUUGGUAUCCACAAGAGGAUCCACACUGCGGAGAAACCGUAUACAUGUCAUGAGUGUGGAAAAAGCUUUAGUCAAAGUACUUCACUCACUUAUCACAAAACCCUCCACACUGGAGAGAAACCCUAUAAAUGCCUGGAGUGUGGAAAAUGUUUUCGUCUUAGCUCCCACAAUAGGACCCACACAGGGGAGAAACCAUUUAAAUGGAUCGAUUGUGGAAAGAGUUUCAAAGAUGGCAGGAAUCUUGCGCUCCAUAAAAGAAUCCACACACAGUAG